ACUGCGUUUCGGUUAUAUAAUUUGAGUAAACAUUCAAACCACCGUCAUUUGAAUAGUGUCUAACUCCUCCAAAGAUGGCUCGUCCACUUGUUGAGUGUGUUCCUAACUUUUCUGAAGGGAGAGAUCCAGAGGUUAUCGAAGCUAUAGCAGAAGCUAUAAGGAAAACAGGUGGGGUGGAGUUACUCGAUGUAGACCCUGGCUCGUCGACCAAUAGAACGGUGUACACGUUUGUGGGGCCACCAGACGCGGUGGUAGAAGCGGCUGUCAAUGCUGCUGCUGUUGCAAAAACCAAAAUCGAUAUGACCAAACACAAAGGAGAACAUCCUCGCUUGGGUGCUAUGGACGUUUGUCCCAUAAUUCCAGUCAGGGAUGUCACAGUGGAAGACUGUAUUGCUUGUGCCAAGAAAAUCGCAUCAGCUUUGGCUACACAGCUUUCCAUCCCAAUUUAUUUGUAUGGAUAUGCAGCCACGCUUGACUAUCGCAAGACUGUGCCACAAAUUCGAGCAGGAGAAUACGAGGCACUCAGAGACAAGAUAUCUACAGAGCCAUGGAAGCCUGAUUACGGUCCAGCUGAAUGGGUUCCUGAGUGGGGAGCCACAAUGGUCGGAGUCAGGAAUUUCCUUAUUGCCUACAAUGUAAACCUUCUCGCUACAAAAGAACAAGCUCACAGGAUUGCUCUGAAUAUAAGAGAGAGUGGAAGGGGGCCGAACGCACCAGGUCGCCUGCGGGCCGUUCAGGGCGUUGGUUGGUGGCUGGCUGAGGCCAACCUGGCUCAAGUGUCCCUCAAUCUCAUCGACUACAAAGUAACGCCGAUCCACAUUGCAUAUGAGGAGGUUUUGAAGGAUGCAAAAGAGCUGAACGUCGGUGUUGUUGGUUCUGAGAUAGUCGGUUUGGUUCCGUUGGAUUCUAUACUGGAGGCUGCCGAAUUUUACAUUAAAAAAGAUAAUCUGUUUGUUUUGGAAGAAGACCAGAAAGUCAAGUUGGUUCUAUCACGUCUUGGUCUCAAGGAUUUCGAUCCCAAGAAACGCAUAAUAGAGUAUUGCUUGGAAGACUCGAACCCUGACAACUCGCUGAUAAAGCUGACAGCAGAGAAAUUCGUGCUUUCUGUGGGAGCGAGGACCCCAGCACCCGGAGGCGGCUCGGUCUCUGCCUAUGUUGCAGCUCUAGGAGCAGGCCUUAGCACAAUGGUUGGACUUAUGACGUAUGGUAAGAAACAGUGGGAGUCAUUGGAUAGCGUCACAAGAAAAAUAAUUCCAAAAUUCCACGAGAAAAUGAUGCAGCUUCUACUUCUAGUUGAUGAGGAUACAAAUGCAUUCAACGAUUAUAUGAAAGCACUAACUCUCCCCAAAACAACCGAUAAAGAAUUGGAAAUAUAUGAGCUAGAAAUACAGAAAGGACUGUUGAAAGCUAUUGAGGUGCCCCACACUCUGGCCGAAAUGAUAAACUCUUCUUGGUCAACUAUGAGGAAAUUGGCAGCCAUAUGCAACAUUCAAACUGCAUCUGAUCUACAGGUUGGCGCCAAGUGCUUAGAGACUGGAGUUUUUGGAGCCCACUAUAAUAUUAUGAUUAAUUUGAAACUUAUAAAAAACCAGGAUAUCCGAGAACAAAUGACAAAAAGAACGAAGGAACAACUUGUUUUGGCUGAAAAAGGAUGUAGAGAAGUUUUGAACGUGAUCAGUGCCAGAAUGUGGAGUUGAUAAAAGAAAGCUUGAACGUCUUUCUUGAACGUAGAUAUAAUCUUCCAAUUCUCAAAAUGCUCCAUAUUUCUUGAAACUUCUCAAUUUUGGAAAUAAUGUCAUUUCUUUCAUAGAAUAAUCAAUUUGAUUUCAUUCUACCUGUCAUGAAAUAAAAAGCCUUCAUUUGGUUCUAAA